GACAGUGACAGUUACAAACGACAAGCUUUGUAGUUGAUUCAGUUUGUUGGUUAUUUAUCGUUGUUAUUUUACUAUACUUAUAUUUAAAGAGCCAAUAAAUAAUUAAUUUAACCAUGGCGGGUCAAGGGCAUCAGUUCCCUGGAAAUUUCCAGGCGAAUGCUGCUGGUAUGCGUUCUGGAUUCGGCGCCGGACCCAUGACCGGACAAAUGCAGGCUAUGCCGAAUCAGUUAGCAGGAGUGAUGGGAGGUCCCAUGGCUAACACUGGUGGUAUGGUGGGCAUGGGUAAUCAAAUGGUGCCAUCCUAUGGGGCAACCAUGCAGAAUCAAAUGGGAAACAUGGGAAUGGGACCACAGGGUAUGGGAGUAGGAGUUAACGCAGGGCCUGGUACCGGUAUGGUUCCUCAACAAGUUCAACAAUCAGGCAUGCAGACAGGUGUUCCAGUGUCAAACAACACAGCCCCUCCACCAGCACAGCCACCAGCUGCACAACCGCCACAGAACAAGGAGUUCAACACCGCAUCAUUGUGCAAAUUUGGACAGGAGACUGUGCAAGAUAUUGUGAGCAGAACACAGGAUGUUUUCCAGACUUUAAAAGCAAUUCAGCCGCCAAAUGGUACACACAGUGGUGAAAAUACAAGUAAUGAAAAGAAGGCCAAGAUGCAGGAACAGCUGCGCACAAUCAGACUCCUGUUCAAGAGACUGCGACUUAUAUAUGAGAAGUGUAAUGAGACUUGCCAGGGCAUGGAAUAUACUCACAUGGAGAGUCUUAUACCACUAAAGGAUGAAGCAGAGAAUAAGGCGUUGGAUGAGAGACGGAACACUGAAUCAUACAGGCUAGCAUUAGAGGAGAAUAGGGAAUUGACAGAACAGGUGGUGUUAAAAAAUAAACAAUUGAAGGAAGUGAUAACAAACUUGAGGACUAUUAUAUGGGAGAUUAACGUUAUGUUGACGAUGCGGCGGUCAUAACUUAGUGUAUUAUGUAAUGAAUAGGUUAUUCAAUAUUAAAUGUAUCUGAAAUUUUCAUGUAGUCACAAUAACAGGUUUUGAGUUCUUGUGAAUCACACCUGGUUUAUGAAACAGAUCCUUUUUAGGACUUUUCAGUGCAAGUCUUGUGUUUCCUGCUGCAUUCUUUACAGCAGAAGUUUUGAUUAAGGAAAGAUUUAGCUUCCACUACCGCAGGGUGUUCGCCAGUAUCAGAGACCUUAUAGGCGCUCCUAUUUUUUUUUGGCACUACCGCUCCUUUAUGGACCCUUAGGCACGCUCUCACGGCACCUCUGCAAUAUGGCGCCCCCUAUGCACUUGAAUAAUACGGCUCCAUAUGACGUAAUUGGUUUGCUUGACAGGUGAAUAACCUGUGCAAAUGGUUCGAUUCAAAACUGCUGACUGGAGUGUUUUAACGCAUGUUUACAUGUGGUUUCAGAUGACCUACUUCUGGAAAUUAUAUUGCGUCAUACAAAUAGGCAUUUCAUCAAUGUGUGAAAUUAAUAAACAGUGGUGUUAUUUUACUUGAAAGAUAUUACUUUUGUACUGUAAAUGGACAUCUGAAUGUAAUUGUAAAUAGUUACUGGUACUGAUGCACAAUAUUAGGUGAUGUCAAUGGUUUGUAUAAGAUGUAGAAUUGAAUGAGUUACUAUUGUGCGGACUGUACUUUAGGACUAAGGACUGUUGUACUUGUAUUAUAGAUAGAAUCAAUUUAAAUAUAAGAAUAUUUUCUAGUA